UCGACGAAAUACAUGUUGGAGAAGCCCUAAUGCCCGACACCUCGCCCACAACUCGGCCUACUCCCUAAGCCAGAGAAUCAACCCCGCAAAUUGGAGAAUUUUGCGGGGAAGAUACGAGCUGUGUUAAAGGCAUGAGUGUGAAUAGGUUGGAGAUGAUAAUCCUAGCCUUAAAAAAUGGGUACACGAGGAUGACACUUGUAAAUGCAAACGGCAUGACAGCCAUUAAUUUGGGCCACAAUUACCGCCAAGCGUCUGGUCGUGUACCAGCUUAUGACUGCGGCCUAUCUAUCUCAACUAUGCCAGCAACUGAACUAGUCUGUGACUUAGGCUCGAUAACAGUACCAGCUACUGGCCCGUGUCACAUUUCUCUAUUCGUUCAAAUUCCCUCCCUUACAAUACAGACCUCAUUGCUGACCAAUGCAAUGGGCUGGGCGGAUAUGGUUAGUUACGCCGGUGCUUCUCACUUAUCCAGUUGACAGGUUGGAUUUUCAGCGGGCUGGCUCUUCAAACCUGAUAUAUCGUCCUUCUCCGGGUCCAAGAACUCUUUGGCCCAACGCAACCGUUAUCCGCGGUCCUCCUUACGCCAUAGCUAGACCCAUUCGCAGGGCUUGAUGAGACGGGGGGACAUCGAUCAUUUUCCAAUGAAGGCAUAUGUCAAACAUCGUCUAG